AUGAGGCGCAUUCUAGAAUUUCGCCAUAACUACCAACAACCGACGGCCGUCUGCUUCUUUGACUUUGCCGCCGCGUUCCAUUCCGUCCAUCGGGAGUCCCUAUGGCGGAUAGUGGCGGUAGAUGGUGUAACGACAAAAAUAAUCGUCAUGAUCAAGGCCUGUUAUCGCAGUACUACUGCGAGAAUCCUGGUCCGCAACAAUCUUUCCGAACCGUUGAAUAUUCGGCCUGGCGUUCGACAGGGUUGUAUCCUGUCGCCCAUUCUGUUCAACUAUGCUAUUGACUGGAUACUCGGGAGAGCCCUACACGAAGGUGAUGGUGUUCAGUUUGCACCCCGACACCGACUGACUGAUCUCAAUUAUGCCGAUGAUGUCGCCUUAAUUGUUUCAAGUUUUGGUGAUCUGCAGUCUAUGGUGUCACGGGUGAACGAGGUCGCUAAAUCAGUCGGUUUAUCCAUAAACGCUGGGAAGACUAAAGUGUUUUCAAGCUGCAUCCCUGACCAGGAGAAGACCCACCUCGAGAUUGAUUGCUGUCAAUUUGAAGACGAAGACAGUUUUAAAUACCUCGGGGCGAGGCCGCUACCAAAUGGACAGAGUAAGGACUACAUUGUCUUGCGAAUUGAUGCUGUCAGCUGUGUUUUCUCAAGUCUUCGGAAAUGCCUAUGGAUCCGACGUGACCCCUCCAUCGCUAUUAAGAUUCGCGUGUACCGUACAUCUGUCCCGUCUGCCCUUCUCUACGGCUGUGAAUGCUGGGCUUUGCGCGUGGAGGACGAACGAAAACUGGAGGUAUUUGAUAACCACUGCUUGAGGAUUAUCCUUCGAGUGAAGUUCACCGACUUCGUCUCAAAUGAGACAGUCCGCGCUCGCUGCGACAACAUCGCAAGGAUAACUCAGGCCAUCCAAGAAAGACGACUGAGGUGGUUCGGACUUGUUCUUCGUCGUCCAUCUCAGGAGCUCAGUGUUACUGCCCUUGAUCCAGCACCGUUGCCCCGUUGGAGGCGUCGAAGAGGGAUUCAGUUCAAAACCUGGCUCGACGCAGACAUGGAGGUGGUUCAUGGAUCUUCGGUAUUCGGUCUCCGUCGUUGGCAAGGGGUUGGGCUGUCCAGAUCUGCUGUCGCGGAUCGUCACGCGUGGAGAGGUAUAGUUUUCGACAUCAUCGAGGCCGUCAGUCGUAUCAAGUACACGCAAGUACAAGUAUCUCCUUUUAAGAUCAAUAAUGAAGAGAGGGUGAAGGAGUGGUGGGGGGUUACCGAUUUCGAGAUGGGACACAUUCGUCUCAGUUUGGGCAUAGGGACUUAAUCUCGAGACCCUCUAGGAGCCAGAGAGCAACUAGUAGUACCUACGAAGAGAAUAGCAUUGUGCAAUAAUUUACCGUACUAACAAGUACGGUAAAUUAUUGCACAAUGCUAUGCUACUGGCUGCCUGUUGGCGGUUUGUGAAUAUUAAGCGGUUAUUCCGCAGUAGCUGAUGGAUUUCAGCUCAAAUAUUCAUAUCCAAUUUCGGACCGUGCCAGAAAAGGCCUGUUUCGAAAGAGUUACUCCAAGUUCGCGCAUUAAUUUCCUCGGAAAUUAAACAAGGCACGAAGAGAAUAGCAUUGCCGAAAAAACUAGGAAGACUGGAAUGGUCAUUCUCGGCUUACUAUGAAAUAGCAAGUCUUUAAAAUCAAACGAUAUCCCUUCGCGGACAAGAAAUAUAAGGAUGACAGCAUUCGCUGCAGUAUGAUUUCAAGAAAGAACACUGUACGCAUAUUUUCUAUGAAAUAGUCUUGCAUUUAAAAGGACAUCAAAAAGCGACGGCAAACAUUACUAAUACUUAAGUGGUCACUUCUUAAAAGCUGUGUUACCUACUGGCGGCCGGAAGGAAGGUCGGUAAAAUGCCGGCAUCCUGACAUGACCGAAAUAACUUGCCGCAUGGUGAUUACUAUUACAUUCCUACUUAAGUGAUCUUUGCAAAUUGAAAACAUCUCAGAAUUUCGGUUAACAUUUCACGAGCUAGCAUAUCUAACAAUCUUGGCGUGGUAUGCGACGCGAGGUACGCUGGUGAAACGCACGGACUCCUUGGCAGAAGAUUGCCCGUAUACCAAUUUGCAAUCAACCACAAGGACAAGCUGUGCUCAGUCUCCUUAAGCCUUCCAUAAACUCUGCUCGGUAUCUGAAGUUCAAGUUGGCAUUUUUCUUCUCGUCAGGUUACACAGGAGUGUUUGGAUCUAGUAGGAUGAUGUAGUUGUAUACAUUCGCUUUUAUAUACUAUAAAGCGUUAUGUAAGUAUUUUAGCGACCGGGGAUGUUCAGAAAGACACCCCGAGGAUAAUCUAAGACAAGUAAUUUUUGAAGUAGUAUAGGCUGAACGGAAUUAUUAGAUAUUCCAUUGAACUCAUCCAGACGUACAAGACAAAACACGGCUUGCGUGGAUAUGAAAGGUACUCUAAUACGAAAAUUGGAGCCACGGGCUGGUUGUCCUGUCGGUUGCGAUCGGGAACAUACAAGGGUUGAGGAGCGUUCACCGAUCGUUUUUGCGGUUGAGCUCGAGAGAGAGCCCUAAGUCACAAAGGGACGAGUGAGUUCCGUAAUAUAAAACGAUCGGUGAGCGCCCCUCUACCAUACAGUGGACAUUACCGAUAACGAAGAUCGAAUUGCCGAGUCGACCAGUGUAUAACUGAAACCUGAAGUCUUCUGCAUAAUUAAUUAGAUGCUGCGGGCCUGUGGAGAGCUGCAAACCAAAGCAAAUUUCUAUAUAACCUACGAGACAUUUAUAGAGUAAUGUGAAGAAAUCUCCAAACUCAAAAGGCAAUUUGGCGAGCAUACGUCUGCUUUCAAUAAAUUCUCUUCAGGGCUGUACAUUUAUAUGGCUAUUGAAGUAAUGAAUUAAAAGAUACGGGCAAGUAGAUAAUUAAGCUGUAGCUCGGGCUUGGAGAGGGGAGUGGAGGGGGAGAGUGAAACACCACAAUUUCAGUCAGCACCCGGGAGAAGGUGGGUCCCGGCGAAGGUAAUUACAUGCGGGUGGCUGGCUUGGUGGCUUUGACCCAUGAUAACUGUGGGACCUGUAGAAGUUCUUCUGUGCGCAUAGGACCGUAUCUUUUAAUUCAUUACUUCAAUAGCCAUAUAAAUGUACAGGCCUGAAGAGAAUUUAUCGAAAGCAGAAGUAUGCUCGCCAAAUUGCCUUUUGAAUUUUACAAUGGGAAUUUUCGCAACUCUAAAUCUCUAAACCGCAAGUUUUAACCAAACGAAUAUACGCAUUUUUCCAAGCAGUGUCCUUUGGAGGGGUUCGUCUCCAAAAGAUCGCCAGUCCUCUCUAAGAGAACCAUUUGACAGAUAAGCAGGAAACACAGACCCCGUUAAGAUCUUUUUACGUAAAUGGGAGCACCCUAAGUGUAUGACCCAAACAGUCAGAUGAUAUUUUUCAGCCUAGCAAACCUAAGCAAAUUUGGUUUUUUUCGAAAACGAACUUGUUGGAUUUUGCUCACGCUAAGUUCUUGCCAGAGAGUUGCUAUACGUCAAAUGUUUCCGAUCCUUCGUUGAUGCGUAAUAUGUGAAUGACUUGUUGCCGAUUGUUGAGCGCUUUCUGACAGUCCGAGUUCACACCAGCAAAGUAGUUUUCGCAUUUUACCGAUUGCGAACUUUUGUCAUGCACUAUUGCAUCCGUGGUUCAAAUCGAUAAUUGAUUUCCCGCGCCAGUGCAUUUGAAGAAGCCACAUUCAGCGGCGCAUGCAGCGGCCUAUAAAAUGACGCCUCUUCACGGAAGCUGCCAUCCACAGCCAUGAACACCCUCCUUCUCCUAACACUCGUCUGCUUGGCGAUUCCCGCCCUCAGCUAUGGCGGCUACUAUGAUUUCAGUGGCUGCAACACCUCCUACUGCCACUCCGGCAUGUACCACGGUUACGGUUGCAGCCAUGGCCACUGUAGCUACGUCUGUUACGGCAGCUACUGCGGUUACGGCGGCUACGGAGGCUGGGGUGGCUACGGCUGGGGCGGCUACGGCGGCUGGGGCGGCUACGGCGGUUGCCACGGUGGAUGGUGCGGCGGCUAUGGCGGAUACGGCGGUUACGGCUGCUUCGGUGGACACUGCGGCCACUACGACUUCAGCUCCUGUACCACGACAACCUGCGUGUCUGGCGGCUACCACGGCUAUGGAUGCCAUCACGGCAUGUGUGACUACGUCUGCUACGGUGGAUACUGCAGCUAUGGCAGCUACGGCUACGGCGGCUAUGGCUGGGGCGGCUGGGGCGGUUAUGGCUACUAAUGUGACGAUGGUUACUUCUAAGUGCAAACGGAGCCGCCAAUGGCCUCCAGGUGAUAGACUGUAA